AUUCCACAUAUUUGAUAUCCAAUAUAUACAUGUAACUCUGCAUUUGGUCACUGACUCACAAGUGAAGAAAAAAAGGGAGAAAAGGGUACUUAGAUUUUAAGAGGAAUUAAGAUAUGGUAGAGUUUUUUGGUGAGAUUGAACCUCCAAGCCCUGGUAAUGAAGUGGAGGCAGAUGAGGAGGAUGAAGAACAAAAGCAGGAGAUCAGUUAUGACAAGCUCAAGAAGCGGAUGUGGAAGGAUCGUUUGCGAAUGCAAAAGAUGAAGGAGAAGCGUGAGAAUGAGGAGCCUGAUCAGUCAGAGGCCAAGCAAGAAGCUUCUCGGCGCAAGAAGAUGUCUAGAGCUCAAGAUUCCAUCCUCAAAUACACGGUGAAAAUCAUGGAAGUUUGCAAAGCACAAGGGUUCGUUUGGGGUAAGCCUCUUACCGGUUCAUCUGAUAGUCUACGCAAGUGGUGGAAAGAGAAGGUCCGUUUUGACAAAAAUGCUCCCCUUGCGGUUGCUGAAUUCUUGCCAGCUAUUAUUGAACAAGGUGAAUUGGAACCUGUUUCUUGUAUGUAUCUCCUUCAGGAAUUGCAGGAUACUACUCUUGGAUCACUUCUUUCUGCUCUAAUGCAACACUGCAUGCCUCCACAAAGGAGAUUUCCACUAGAGAGGGGUUUAGCCCCUCCUUGGUGGUCAACAGGGAAAGAACUUUGGUGGGGUGAACAAGGCAUGGCCCAAGAACAUGGCCGUCCUCCUUACAGAAAGCCCCAUGACCUUAAAAAGGCUUGGAAGGUAAGCGUAUUGACUGCUGUGAUCAAGCAUAUGUCCCCAAAUUUGGAUAGGAUAAGAAGGCUGGAGACGCAAUCCAAGUGUUUGCAUGAUAAGAUGACAGCCAAAGAGAGAGCCACUUGGUCUAGAGUGGUUAACCAUGAAAAAGCCCUUUUAAAACUUGCUGAGAAGUGUCUCAAAAUAUCACCUGCAAAAGAUGAAGGACAAGAAGGCGAUUCAGAGCAUAGCCAUCCAGCUGAUGAAGGCGGGCAUGGUAAGAAGAUUGCGAGCUCUGGAGAAAAAAGGAAAUGUGUUUUUGAGCGGGAGGUUACCGUGAAUACACUAUAUUCUUGCCAGAAUUCCAAGUGUCCACAGAGUGCAUUAGGAAUAGGUUUCCUAGACAAGAGCUCGAGGACUGACCAUGAAUCCAAUUGUUCCUAGCAACCCAAAGAAAGUGAUACUAUCCAAGAAAACAAUGGGGAA